GUCCUUUUCAAAAUUCUUCUAGUCCUUUUCAAAUUUCAACCCUCUUCUCCAGUUCUUCUUCACUUCCCCAUUUCAAAAUUCUGAUAACACAUAACGCCACUUUUAUUCUGUAAUAAUAAGCUUAAAAAGAAGAAGAUGAGUGCUUCAAAGUUCAUAAAAUGUGUUUGUGUUGGAGAUGGAGCUGUUGGUAAAACUUGUAUGCUCAUUUGUUACACCAGUAACAGGUUCCCCACUGACUAUAUUCCAACGGUAUUUGAUAACUUUAGUGCCAAUGUUGCUGUUGAUGGAAGUAUUGUGAAUUUGGGACUUUGGGAUACAGCUGGUCAAGAAGAUUAUAGCAGAUUAAGGCCACUAAGCUAUAGAGGUGCAGACAUUUUUGUGUUGGCUUUUUCUUUAAUUAGCAGAGCAAGUUAUGAGAAUGUAAUCAAGAAGUGGAUGCCUGAGCUUAGGAGAUUUGCACCCGACGUCCCAGUUGUACUAGUCGGAACAAAAUUAGAUCUUCGUGAUGACAAGGGAUACUUAGCCGAUCAUGUAAGUUCUAAUGCAAUCACAUACGCCCAGGGGGAGGAGCUAAGGAAACAAAUUGGUGCAGUUGCUUAUAUUGAAUGUAGCUCUAAGACUCAACAGAACGUCAAAGCGGUUUUUGAUACUGCGAUCAAGGCUGUGAUACAACCACCAAGAAGCAAGGAGUUAGCGACAAGACAAAAAAGACACAAAAGUUCUAGCUGCUUAUUCGCGGGCAUCGUCUGUGGAGGUUGUUCUGCUUAGGAAAGGUUCAUCUAUAGAUGAAUCGGUCUCAAAAGUUGACAUCAAUUUUCCAAAAUUUCAUAGGCUUCGAUAUUUAUUAUUGGGGAAUGUUAUCUAUGUAUGUGUAAUUGUAUUCUUCUAUCAACAAAGUUGUGCUUCCCGGUUU